UCCGAACUCACCCAAAGGCCAAUGUUCCCCGCCUCCACGUGAGAGCCCGCGCCGCCGUGGCCCGGAAGUCAAUCUCGACUCGCUGGCCCGUUCCCGCAAGAGACGGUUUCUUCCGGGUCACGGGCUUUUUGGGCGCGCGGUUGCCGUGGAAACGGCGGCCAUGACCGCGGCCAUGGCGGCGCCCGGACCUGUGGGCCGAACCGCCCAGCGCUUGGAAGGGACAGUCUCCAACGAGUCGUCCAUCACUGCCAGGACGCCAGUGCCCGUAGUGUCUCCCGAGUCCCUCGUUCUGUCCGCCUCGCCGGUGCAGGUUUCGGAGCUACCUAGCAAGAACCUGUGGGAGCAGAUCUGCGAGGAGUAUGAAGCUGAGCUUCCUCCCUUUCCUGAAGGAUAUAAAGUCAAACAAGAUGCUGUGGUUACUGCGUCGCCAUUGGAGGAAAUGGUUUUCCAUGGCUUCAACGCAGAACACCUUUAUCCAGUUCCUCGUUUAACCGUGGCCUCACAAGCAUCCUGUUCUCAAGUGAAACGGGAAACAGUGGACCCAAAAACAUGUUCCCCCAAAGAGUUUUUGGAAAUGUUCAUCUUUCCAGUUCUGCUGCCUGGAAUGGCUAGCCUGCUUCACCAAGCAAAGAAAGAAAAAUGUUUUGAGAGGAAAAGAACCAAAUUCAUUGCCUGCGAUUUUCUGACUGAAUGGUUAUACAAUCAAAAUCCAAAGAGGACAGGGGAGCCGUUCACAGAAUUCUUCUCCAUUCCAUUUGUGGAAGAGUGGCUGAAACUGCACCCACGGCCGGCAAUCCCACUCUCCCUCCUGCUGACAGAAUCGGAAGCGGCACUCUAUAUUCAGUCCUUCUGGAGAGCCUAUCUGGUUCGCUGCGAUCCUGAGAUUCAAGAAUUGCGUCAGUGGCAGAAGAAGCUCCGUGAGGACAAGCAUAUUCGCCAGCGAGUCAAAACCUUCUGGGCCAAACAAGAACAAAAAGUGAAAUGCAAAAUGGAGGAUGAGGAAGAGGCUGCAGCUAAGGCUCCACAACCUUAACAGCUGUCUGCGUCUCUCCCACGCUAAGCUCCAGUUACCCACCUGGAGGGCAGUGUUCUAGUUCUGCUUCCGCUGUCCUGUUUUCUUGAAGGACUAGAUCUGGUACAUUCGGAUAAGGAUCUUUUUGUUGCAAACAUAUUGUAGUGGAAAUAGUUUAUCAUAAAAAAGUAGUAGUUUUAACUUUGUGCAUUAUCCCCCGAUUUUAUUCUUUCAUCUAUUUCUUCAGCAAUCUACUUCUACAUCACCCACUGCUAAACUGUACAACGAACUCUAGUUCCAAGGGAUGUUGAAAUGUUCUAGUUACCAGCUUCCCACUUUUGGUCGCCUUUGCAAAGAUCCAUGUUUAAAACAAAGUCCCAAACCUCUGCAGUGGGUUUAAGUUUAUCCGCUGAGCAUGCUUUAAAAAAAAAAGAAGACAUCAUUGCCUGUGAUCCUUUCACAAGGAGGUUGACCCUGAACUUUGACUGCAAACCUAGCAAGAUGAGAUGCUUCAACACAGGCAACUAUAACCGAUAAAUAAGUCUUGUUGUCUAUGCUCCAAAACAUUAUAGAAAGUUCCUCAUUUCAUGGGUAAACUGAAUUAUUAUCUUCAAUUGUCCCACAGUUUGCUGUUACCCAUUUUUGAAUGGAUUUUCCCAUUCAAAAUGCCACAGACUUAGCCUCCAGGCGGAUCUGAAAGCCAAACAGUUGUAUGGAGUUGUUUUGACAAGCUACCACACGUCUUAAGUAAAUAGUAAAGCCUUUAUUUUUUUGUGUUAAGAACAGCAUUUUGAAAAUAAAACCUAUCUGCCCAUGCUUUACAACCUUUUAAAUCUGUGAUAUUUAUUAUAUACAGUCAUUUAUGAUACAUGUUGAUUGUCUUGAAAUUUCUUUAACGAUGUUUUUUUUAAGUAUGCAACAGUCAGCCAGGGGAGGAUAAAGGUACAUUAUAAAACACACAUUAAUACAUUUAAUAAAUAUAUAUUAUCUAUCAAAAA